AUGGGUAAACUUUCGGUCAUCAUCUACAUCACGGUAGCUUUGCUCCUCCUCCUUCUCAUAUCGCAUUCCCCCAAUAAAUCCAAUCACCGGAACAACCAUCGCCGCCACCGUCGACUAAAGCUCCGCUCCAACUUCUCUUUCACCCCUACCAUCGCAACCACAACGGACCAUCAUGUUUCCUUCGACCCUUUGGUAGCCGACAUUGAGCGCAAAAGAGAGGACAAAUUGUGGGAGAAGAGUCACUUCUUUGGCGACCAUCAUCAUGAAGCAGAAACCGAACCUGAAGCAGAUGAUGCUCCGGGAAUGGAAUCACAACCGGAAUGGGUUUUAUCAAUGAUAUGCUCAUUCCAUUUGAACAAUUGGAGUCUCAAUUUCUGGAAUUUGUGA